AUGAAAGCAAAACAUCUCAGUUCGCGAUCCGAUCGACUUCGUUGUGUGAUCUUCGUUGGCGAAGAACUAGAUCCACUGAUUAUAAAAGACUGGUAUGAACAACACGCGAAUACACACGAUCAAACAGUAUUAUUCAAUACGUAUGGCACUACAGAAACGUUGCGCGCUACCUAUAAACGAAUUAAAGUUUCGGAAUAUGUACAUUCGAUUGGACGCCCGUUCUCUGACAUUCGUGUUUAUUUACUUGAUGCUCAUGGCGAACCAGUGCCACUGGGUGCCGAAGGAGAACUGUAUAUUGGCGGCGCAGGUGUAGCUCGCGGCUAUCUCAAUCGACCUGAACUUACCGCAGAACGGUUUCUUCCUGAUCCAUUCAGUGAGAAUUCAGAAGCACGUAUGUACCGUACCGGUGAUCGAGCGCAUUAUCUGCCAGAUGGAAAUCUAGUUUAUAUGGGUCGAAUCGACCAACAGAUAAAAAUCCGUGGUUUUCGUAUUGAAUCUGGUGAAAUUGAGGCGCGUCUCGUUGAACACCCUCUGGUGCACGAGGCAUUUGUACAGUCAUUUUGUGAAGGGUCUGAUAAACGUUUGAUUGCAUAUGUGGUGGCUGAUCCGAACAAAUUGCGGGCUCAGAAUCUACGCACUUAUCUAGCGUCUUUACUGCCUGACUAUAUGGUACCGGCGGCUUAUGUUUGUCUUUCGUCUUUGCCGCUCACACCAAAUGGUAAGUUGGAUCGACGUGCACUGCCACCUCCAGACGAUGAGGCAUUUCCCAGUCAGUCGUAUGAGGCUCCACAAGAUGAAAUGGAAAUGAAACUAGCCACACUCUGGAGUGAAAUGUUGGGCAUUGAACGCAUCAGUCGGCAUGACAAUUUCUUUGCGUUGGGUGGACAUUCUCUACUGAUCGUGAGAAUGUUGUCGCAAUUGCGACAAGUUGGACUGGACACCAAUGUCCGCGAAGUAUUCGAUGCACCCUCUUUGGCCGCACUGGCUAAAACUCUAGUCCAUCACAAUGCAAUAACCAUCCCCCCUAAUCUGAUUACCGCAGAUAGUACAACAAUUACUCCUGACAUGUUGCCGCUUAUCACUCUAUCUCAGACGGAGAUUGACACAGUGGUCGCAGAGGUGCCGGGCGGUGUGGCCAAUAUUCAAGAUAUUUAUGGAUUAGCGCCAUUACAGCAAG